CGAACGUUGUCUUUGCGAUGUAGGACUCUGAGCUACUCCUCCAGCAUCACAGCUGCCUGCCUGCAGCCAUGCUCCCUGCCAUGAUGAUAAUGGUCUGAACCUCUGAAACUGUAGGAAUUGCACAGCGCUGCACAGCUAUCAAGUACCACUUUUCUCAGCCAAUCCGCUUAAGGAACAUUCCUUUCAAUUUAACCAAGACAAUCCAGCAAGAUGAAUGGCACCUGCUCCAUCUAAGAAGAAUAACAGCUGGCUUCCUGGGCAUGGCGGUGGCUGUCCUGCUGUGUGGCUGCAUCGUGGCCACCGUCAGCUUCUUCUGGGAAGAAAGCCUGACCCAACACGUGGCUGGACUCCUGUUCCUCAUGACAGGAAUUUUCUGCACCAUCUCGCUCUGCACGUACGCUGCCAGCAUCUCCUAUGAUUUGAACCGGGUCCCGAAGCUAAUUUACAGCCUGCCUCACGAUGUGGAACACGGCUACAGCUGGUCUAUCUUCUGUGCCUGGUGCAGUUUAGGCUUCAUUGUGGCAGCUGGAGGUCUCUGCAUCGCUUAUCCGUUUAUUAGCCGGACCAAGAUUGCACAUCUAAAGUCUGGCCGGGACUCCACGGUAUAACUGUCUGUACGCGAGAAGGCCCAGCUACCGAGUGGGGUCGGUCACUCCUAAUGGGAGUGGAACUGAGUUCACACCAGGGUUCCAAGCACAAAGAGGUCUUUUACAUUCCAACCUGUUGCCUGCAGCCCUUUCCAGAUGACUGAUAGAAAAUCAUGCAGAACCUCCCAACCUCUCUGAGGGCAAGACUCCUGUGGGUUCAAGUGCUUUAAUGACUAUUUAUGCUUUGACUGUACGAAAGGAGGAAUGGUGCCACGGGACAUUUAUAGGCAUCAGAAGAGAGGAAGGGUGAUGGAAAAAUUUGUACGAUUUCCAUUUAUUUCAGAAAGUUUGUAUAUAACAAUCUCCGGAGAGUCGUUUCUAUUUGCAAAAGGAUUCGUAACAAAACAAGUAUAAUUUUCUUGUCAGUGUAUCAGGCUUGUUCGAUUUUAAUGCAGCAUCUUCAGAAGGUGUCCUAAUGGUGUCUUGUGUCAGCACCUGAUAUUUGUGCAUUCUUUGUGGCUGUUUCUUGUCACCAGAGGAUUCUUCUUCUUUUGCCUUAUUAUUACUUUUAAUGAAUUGAAGUCAACGCGCUGUCUUUCUACUGGAUUCAAAUGCAUAAGAACAAUGGUUGUGUAAGAACUGAUCCGCAACACUAUGCAGUAUCGUUUGAAGUCUUGUCUGUUGUUUGGCUUUGUGUCUCUUUAUGUUAACUGGGUUUCUGCAUUAAAUGACUGCCCCCUUGUUA